AUGUUGCUACAGAGAUUGCUUCCAUUGCUGCUGUUUUGGGUUUGUGCGUUGGCUGCCACUAAAGAGAAAGGAUAUUGCUCCAUAUAUGACAGUUGUGGGAAGAAAUCGCUUUUUGGGUCAGAAUUACCAUGUCCAUACAAUGAUAAGGCAUUUGAUGCCGAAGAAGACCAGAUAAAUGAGCUUGUGGGGCUUUGUGGUGAGGAAUGGAAACAAGAAACAAAACUGUGCUGUACCAGUGGCCAAAUAUCCGAAUUGAAAGAGAAAUUAAAGAAGGCAGAUUCCCUAAUAUCUUCAUGUCCUGCUUGUCAAAAAAACUUUAGAAAUUUGUUUUGCCAAUUUACAUGCUCUCCGGAUCAAUCAUUGUUUGUUGAUAUAACUAAAACUGGAACUUCGACGGAUAGAAGAGAAAUUGUUACGGAAUUGAAUUUCAAUAUUAAUGAUGAAAUGGCCUCAGGAUUAUAUGAUUCAUGUAAAAAUGUGAAGUUCUCAGCAACAAAUGGAUAUGCUAUGGAUUUAAUAGGGGGUGGUGCUAAAAACUACAAAGAAUUUUUGAAAUUUUUAGGUGAUGAAAAACCUUUAUUAGGUGGUUCUCCAUUCCAAAUGAAUUUCCAAUAUUCAAAUGAUUCAUCCAACCAAGAAUAUUUAAAUGAUCAAGUCUAUGAUUGUAAUGAUGAAACAUACAAGUGCUCAUGCUCUGAUUGUCCUGAUAUCUGUCCUGAAUUGGAGAAAUUAAGUCAUUCAACUUGUAAAGUUGGUAUUUUACCUUGUUUUUCAUUUUCAGUUAUCAUUAUUUAUGCUGUGUUUUUGGGAAUUUAUAUUGCAAUUCAUACAUACAAGGUCAGAGGAAAAAGAAUUCAAUUAUUGCAAGAAUCUCCAUAUUUAAGGUCAACCACUACAGACUUACCAGAAAUUAACACAAAAAACGAAGUUUAUUCUUUGAACACAUUUUUUGAAACUUGGUUCAGUAAAUUAGCUUAUUAUUGCUCAAAAUAUCCAGCUACUGUUUUGAUUUUGACAUUGCUAGUUACUGUUCCAUUGUCACUUUGUGUUUAUUUCUUUGGUGAUCUAGAACAAAAUCCAGUUAAUUUAUGGGUCAGUAGUGGAGCUGAAGCAUUCAAACAAAAGGAAUAUUUCGAUCAAAAUUUUGGUCCAUUUUAUCGUACUGAACAAAUUUAUAUCGUUAAUGAAGACGAAGGUGUCUUGGAUGAUAAAACAGUCAAGUGGUGGGCCAAAACAGAAUUGGAAAUUAGAAGUAUAAUAGUUGAUGAUAUUAUGUUUGAAGAUUUAUGUUUCAAGCCAACAGAAGAUUCAACAUGUGUUGUGGAAUCAUUCACACAGUAUUUUGAUGAUCAAAUCCCAAGAGAUUGGAAAAAGAAAUUACAAGAUUGUACAACAUCUCCGGUAAAUUGUUUGCCUACAUUCCAGCAACCAUUGAAGAAAGAACUAUUAUUUGGUGGCUAUGAAAAUGAUGAUAUUUUGACUUCAAAAGCUAUUGUUGUUACUUUAUUAUUGAACAAUAUUGAUGAAAUUCAAGAAAAUGCAACAAAAUGGGAAAAUUCAUUAGAAAAUUACUUGUCUAAACUUCAACCACCAAAAGGUGUUAGAAUAAGUUAUAAUACUGAACCAUCAUUAGAAACUGAAUUAAACAAGUCAACUAAUACUGAUAUCAAAAUUGUGGUAAUUUCAUAUCUUGUUAUGUUUUUCUAUGCUUCAUUAUCUUUGGGUGGUACUUUUAAUUUAUUCAAAACAAGAUUCUCAUUAGGUCUUUCAGGUAUCAUCAUUGUUUUACUAUCAGUCAGUUCAUCAGCUGGGUUUUUCAGCUUGAUUGGUGUAAAGUCCACUCUUAUCAUCGCCGAAGUUAUCCCAUUUUUAAUUCUUGCCCUUGGUGUUGAUAAUAUAUUUUUAAUCACUCAUGAACUAAAAAGUAUAAAUUAUGAUUAUCCUAAUGAAGAUAUCCCAUUCAGAAUUUCUAAAGCUGUUGGAAGAAUGGGUCCUUCGAUUUUCUUAUCAUCCACAAGUCAACUUCUAACGUUUUCAUUAUCGUCUGCUGUUUCCAUGCCUGCUGUUAGAAAUUUUGCAUUAUAUUCUGCAGGUGCUGUUUUAUUCAACACAGUUCUUCAAUUAACUGCUUUUAUUUCCCUAUUAAGUUUAGAUCAAUGGAGGAUUGAUGAUAAUAGACUUGACAUUUUCCCAUUCAUUAAAUUUCAAAGAUCAGUUCGUUUGGAUGAAGUUACAGAACUGUUUGAAAAUGAGAAUGAACAAAAUAUUUUUGAUAAAAUUUUAAAUUCAUAUGCACCUUUCAUUUUGAACUCCAAAAAAGUUAUUGUUUUCAUAUUUGUCUUAUGGACAAGUAUCUCAUUAGCAUUAUUACCAAAUAUCAAAUUAGGCCUUGAUCAAAGAAUUGCAAUUCCUUCUGAUUCAUAUUUGAUUGAUUAUUUCAAUGACGUUUACCAGUAUCUUAAUGUUGGACCACCAAUUUAUUUUGUUGUCGAUGAUUUAGAUGUCACCAUAAGGGAAAAUCAACAAAAAUUAUGUGGUAAAUUUACCAGCUGUGAGAGAUAUUCACUUUCUAAUGUUUUAGAACAAGAAAAAACAAGAUCAAACUUAUCAACGAUUGCCGAACCAGUUGCUAGUUGGAUUGAUGAUUACUUAACAUUUUUAAAUCCUGAAUUAGAUCAAUGUUGUCGUCUCAAGAAGGAUUCAGAUGAAGUUUGUUCACCUUAUGCUCCUUCAAGACAAUGCAGAACCUGUUUCCAAGAUAGGGAAUGGAAAUACACUAUGGAUGGAUUCCCAGAAGGUGAAGAUUUCAAGCACUAUUUCGACAUUUGGAUCAAUUCACCAAGUGACCCAUGUCCGUUGGGUGGUAAAGCUCCAUAUUCAUCAUCUAUUUCAUAUGAUAAUGAGACAAUUUUAUCAUCGGUUUUCAGAACAAGUCAUACACCAUUGAGAUCUCAAGAUGAUUUCAUUACUGCUUAUGAAGAGUCAUUAAGAAUUACAGAAGAUUUGAAAAAAUAUUUGGACCAUGAUAAAAUUUUUGCUUAUUCACCAUUUUAUAUUUUCUUUGUUCAAUAUUCAUCAAUCAUAAAAUUAACAUUUACAUUAAUUUCGAUUGCUCUGGCAAUAAUAUUUGUCAACUCAUCUAUUUUAUUAGGUUCAAUUAGAUCAUCAUUAGCAUUACUUCUAACUGUUUCAAUGAUUUUAAUCAAUAUUGGUGGUGUAAUGUCAUUGUGGGGUAUUUCAUUAAAUGCGGUAAGUUUGGUGAACUUAGUUAUUUGUAUUGGAUUAGGUGUUGAAUUCUGUGUCCAUAUAACUAGGGCAUUCAUUAUCUCUGAUAGAGAUUCAAGAUCUUCCAAUGUUAAUUUUAGAGCUUUUAAUGCCAUUACAGGUGUUGGUGGUGCAGUUUUCGGUGGUAUUGCAACUACAAAAUUGAUUGGUGUCUUCGUUUUAGCAUUCACCCAAUCUAAGAUAUUUGAAGUCUUCUAUUUCAGAAUGUGGUUGGCACUUGUCAUUGUUGCUUCAUUACAUAGUCUUGUUUUCUUACCCAUAAUAUUAUCCAUUUUUGGUGGUAAAAGAUAUAUUUACUCAGAGCAUAGCUCAGGUAUUGCAGAUGAUCUUACAAGCAGAUUAGGAGACUUUAGAUGA